AUGCAAAUCUUUUAUCUCGUGGUCGCAUUCAUCCUAGCGGCUACCGCCAUUGAAUCAGCCGCCGUUGAACGCUCUGAAUUCAAAUGUUGUCUCGCUCUCCUGAAAGACGAUGUACUUUCUGGAAAGGUUUUGACUCCGUGCAAUGAGGAUUUCCACCAUCGCUUGGAGUCGUACUACUCCGCCAAUGCGGCUGAGCCACCUCGCUGCAUGGUGUUGCCUCAGACCGCUGAAGACGUCGCCAGGACCAUCCAGAUCAUAUCUGCUCGAAACUGUUCUUUUGGGAUGAGAAGCGGGGCUCACUCGGCGUUUCGCGAUUCGAACGGGCUCAAGGAUGGCAUCACAGUCGAUUUCGGCUACAUGAACUCGACCGAAUAUGACCCGAGCACCGGCAUCGCUUCCGUCCUUCCAGGCUCGAACUGGGGCGAUGUAUACUCCGCUCUGGAUCCGUUUGGUGUCACGGCUAUUGGAGGACGAGCUUCUGUCGUUGGGGUUGGGGGUUUUACUACGGGCGGUGGGUACUCUUUCCACAGCAACAAGAGAGGAUUCGCCUGCGACAAUGUUGUCAACUUCCAGGUUGUUCUCGCCAAUGGUUCCAUUAUCGACGCCAACGCGCACGAGAACUCUGGUCUCUGGAGAGCUCUCAAGGGGGGCUCGGGAAACUUUGGUUUCAUCACACGGGUUGACGUCGAUGUCGUUCGUUCGACCCAGAUAUGGGGCGGGAUCACAACAUACGACCUGAGCAAGACAGGCGACGUGGUCGACGCUUACGUGAAUUUCGUCAACAACAUGGACGAGAACCCGGCCAGCCAGGCCAUCGUGACUCUGCUGUAUGGCCAGCAGGGGAUGAGCCUUGUCGCAGUAUUAACAAACAGUGACGCGAAAAGCACCGCGCCCGCUUUCCAAGAAUUUGCCAGCAUUGCCAACGUUUCAAGCACAGCUCGCGUCGGAUCUGUCGCAGAGAUGGUUCCU